AUGGUCAGAUUGACACAGCUUUUCUGGGCUAUCUCUGUGGCCACUGGUGCCGUCAGAGACCGAUUCGGCAACAAGUUACAGCUUCGAACCUACUCUUCUCACAUCAUCGAGGCCGAGACGACUGUUCAGCUUAGGAACCUCCCAGAGAACAAGGAAGGAUACGCGAUCAUAUGGACUGGAGUACAGGAUGCGGCAAACGAAGUAAUCGUCCAAGGAAUGGCCAGCAACGUGGGCUUUGAAUGCAGCGGUACCUCAGAGCAGUGGUGUGUCUUCGCAACCGGAAACUUGGGAAUCAGCUUUGCAGAAGGCCAGCGACAAAAGUUUGCUCCCGGAUUCGCUUUGACACCAGGACCCAGCUACAAAGUUCGCUACAAAUUCGACGAGAAGAAGGGUCAAAUCGACCUGACUCUGACCUCAGAGGAUGGAGCACUCUCCACGUCGACCAUAUCCAUGCAAAGGGGCAAGCCUACCGUCUGGCUGAUGGAGGAAUUGGCCGUGCUGAGCUUCAAUGGCGAGGUUUCUGAGCACUCUUUCGUCAACACGACUAUUGUUCUGGCCGCUCCGGAUGCCAAAUUCUCAGCAACACGUCCGUUCGACAGAGGCGUGUCUGGUGAAUGGUCCACCACGGACGACAAGACGUUCACGGCUCCCAAGCUCACCGUUGCUAGCUUCAACUUCACUGGAAGUGGUUAG